CCCAAUUUCAUCAUCAACAAGCUCAACCUUUUUUUAUUUUUCUUCAUUUAAGUAUCGGAUAUGGGUAUUCGUUUACCUUCUAUGAUUCAUCAUGCUAAGCAAGUUCUCAAACUGCAGUCCAAGAACCAGAGAGAUGUCCCAAAAGGGCAUAUUGCAGUCUAUGUGGGAGAAAUCGAGAAGACAAGAUUUGUAGUUCCCAUUUCAUACUUGAAACACCCUUCUUUCAUGGUUUUGCUUAGCCGGUCCGAGGAAGAGUUUGGGUUUAAUCAUCCGAUGGGCGGCCUCACAAUUCCGUGCGACGAAGAUGCAUUUGUUCAUCUCACUUCUCGGUUGCAUGCUUUCUGAAAGGAACAAGACUUU